UACCCCUGUCACACGGCACGUGUAAUGUCAUUUGCAGUAAAUGACAUUCAUACCGAAUGUCAUUGCGGUCUUGCGUUCCCAGUCUACACGGGUAAACAAAAUGGCAUUCGCAAUUGAUGGCAAUGUUUAUCGGCAGGCUGCUAUGAUAACGAAACCUGCGAAAUCGUGCUAUUUAUUUACACAUUUUUACUAUUUUGUAAGUAAUGCAAUGAUAAACAUUGGAAGGUUAUUUGCAAAUAUAUUGCAAAGCCAUACGACAGCAUUAGUGGAAAAGAAAUGCUUAUAAAUAUCCAAAGCAAGACUGGCUCAAAGCCGCUUACGAUUCCAUCCGCAGCUGGCGCUAUGGCGGACGGUGAAAGCGUUGUCGAAUUUAUGACAGUGACAAAUGACGAGCAAUGCAAACAAGCAUUAAUUGUUCUCCAGCUGUUGAGGAUGAAGCGUCGAAACCGGCUGAAGCGGAUCAAGCUUGCUACUGAGGCAUGCGCAAGGACAACGAGGGAUUUGGAGCUGCGUCUGCAAGCCAAUACGGUCACGUUGGCCGCUGUUUGGGCUGCCACUUCGCCAGGGAUUAUCCGAGAACGAUGGUGCUUCCCAAGAAACGAAAAUUGGUUUGAGGACACUCUCCCUCACCUGGGUGAAGUUAAUUUCAAGCAGGCGUUCCGCGUGAACCCUUCCACAUUCAGAUACCUGGUGAUAUCAUUGCAGUGCGUCUUGGAGCGUCAGGUCACCAACAUGCGCAAGCCAAUUAGCGCGGAAAAACGCGUAGCCGUGGGAUUGUACCGCCUCUGUUCCAGCGCCGAAGAUCGUACGAUUGCACACCUGUUUGGCAUCGGCCGAUCUACUGUGAACAUUGUGUACAGAGAGUUUUGCCGAGCAGUUGUGGACAUUCAUGAAGGCACCUGGGUGCGCAUGCCACGGAAGGAGGAAAUUGCCGAGCAGAUGCGCGAGUUUCACGCCGUAACUGGUUUCCCGCAGGCCAUGGGUGCACUAGACGGCUGCCACUUUCCCAUAUCUCCGCCCAAGAAAGAUGCAGUCGACUACUAUAACUACAAGGGAUGGUACAGCAUCAUACUGCUUGCAGUUGCCGACCACCGCUACCGCUUCUUGUACUUGAACGUGGGGAGCCCGGGUAGAUGCCACGACGCCCAUGUUUACGGACGGUCAAGAUUGAAGACAAUAGUGGAGAGUGAUCACUUCAACUCUCCGGUGUCAGUAAUUGAAGGAGUGCCUGUACUACCCAUCAUGCUCUGUGACCAAGCAUUUCCGCUGACACCGCAUUUAAUGAAACCAUAUGCAAAUGCCCCAAGUGGUUCUAAGCAAGCAAUCUUCAACUACAACCUGUCAAAGUCGAGGCGCAUUGUGGAAAACGCAUUCGGCCGAGUGAAAGCACGCUUCAGGUUCAUUCUGAAGAGAAUGGAAUGCAAACUGUCCAAUGCCAAACUGGCCAUUAGGGCAUCCUGCACUUUACACAACAUCUGCGAAUGCUUUCGAGAUCAUGUGGAUGAGCAGUGGAUACAGGAUGUGUACACCUUCAACGAAAUGUACAAGCAGCCCCUGCACAAUUCUGAUGCAUGCAUUGGCGAAGGCGAGGAUAUAAGGGCUGCGCUUGCAGAGUAUUUUUGGAAACGAGCCCAAUGAACAUAGUUGACCACAAGCAGCUCAAACACCAUGCUUUAUUUUGCCAAAUACUUCACGAGCGCGUCAGUCAACAGUUUUUCUGUAGCUGCUGAUUCGCGCACAAUGUCAAGUUCCAUUCGCCGUAGCUCCAACUCUUGCUUCCUGCUUUCGUUUAGGUCAGCACACAACUGCCGGUUCGUAGCGACUAGUUGCGCUAGGAGAGUCUUUUGUGUGGUGCGCCUGCUCGUUUGAUUG